AACAAACGUUCCGGCCGGUGGCGCCAUGGCGUUGCCCGACCCGGAGGGAACGCGCUGCAAAACGCCAUGAAGAUGGCCCGAGUCGCGAUCCAGCUGGACACGGAGAGCCGGCAGAAGAUUUCUGAAUGAAGUAUGUACCUGGCUGGAGUCUGAAUCUGUUUAAUCAAAUGUGUACAUCUUGUCCGAAGGAAGCGUAUUGCGAAUACCUUAAAAGUAUACACUUUAUCUCACAAGCUUUGAUAGAAGAUGCCCAAAUAAAAGAUGAGAAGGAGCUGGUAACACCCGAUGUGCAGAAAAUGCUGAAGUUGGCUGAUCAAUGCUUAGAGAGGAUUAAAACCACAGCUGCUAAACUGGGUGAAGUGGAAAGGCAGCCUGCAGCAAGCCAGGUCACCAAGCCCUCAUAUACUCCUAGUCAUCGGAGAGUCGUCUCAGAUGGGGGAGGCACUAGUACAUCGCUUUUGUCUCCUGAAGUCUUCCAAAAAAAACAAAUUCCAGAAACACUAAUAACAAAAAGAGAACUUACUCCACUGGAAGAAGCUUCAAGACAGAACCAGAAGUUAAAAGCUGCUUACGAGGCACGGAUGGCACGGUUGAAUCCUAAUCAGGGUAUGCAGAAAACAUCACUGACUUUAUCUCUUCAGCGGCAGAUGAUGGAAAACCUGAUCAUCGGACAGGCAAGACAGGCAGCACUGCAAAGAAAGAUGGAAGAACGAAGGCUGAGACUUCAAGAAGAAGCAAACAGGAGGUUUUCAAACAGUGCCACUCUGACCCCUGAGGAGGAGGAGCAAAGAAAUGUAUAUGCAAGCAUUUUAGAGUUUGAGCAGGACCACGAAUGGCCCAAACAAUGGAAAAUGAAAUUGAGAUCACAACCUAAUGAUCUUGUGCUGGUGGCUGGUCUUGUAUCCCAAAUACUGAGCUGUUCAGAAUAUCCAAUCGCUCAACUACUGAAGAAACUGCAGUGCAGGAUCUACAGCAAGCUCUACCCUAUUGUGAAAUCACAAUUUUCAGACUUGGCUAGCAUUAUUGAACUGUGUCCAGGUUCUACAUUGUACACGUCUCCUGUCCAGUGUCAACUGAAGACCGAUGUAGCAUCUUCAUUCAACAAGGGAAGCAGGUUAAAGUCUUCCAAAAGUGCAUGUUGUCUGGGGACUGUUCAAGAUCAGAAUAAGAUAAGUAAUGGUGGUUUAAGACACAGUUCCUCUGUCAGCUCAGUGGCAUUAACUGAACAUAAUAAAAUAAGCUCAGAUAUUAGCAGCCAGAGUGGAAUGGAACAAAAUGUUGCAGGUCAACAGAUCAACCCAGCAGUGAGUGAUAGAACAGAUCUGAUGAUUGACAAAAACAGCCCUUUUGAAGAUUUGGAACACUAUGUAAUGAAGUUUGAGCAACCAUCAAGAAACGUCACAGACACCCCAACACUAAUGACAAAUACUGAACUUAAUCAGAUGGAAGAUAUUCCACUACAAAAUCACCUAAAGGAUGUUGUGACUGAUGUGCAUAAUUCAAUAGACAAAUUACUGUCAUUGUGUAUCCUGGCUUUUGAACCUCUCAACACUGCGACAGGGAAAGACCAGUGCCUGGCCAGCAUCGAGGAGGCUUUGUUCAAACCUAUCUGGGUGUUCCUUUUGGCUCUGUUUAGAAAAGUGAAUACACAGAGGGAAAUAGCACUUGAAAAAAGCAUGAAGUUGUACAAGUCAGCAGGUCCAGCAGAUAUUGGCAUUACAGCUAAACUCCUUCCCAAGGAAUCUGCAUCUUCAAAUGAUUCCUACCCAUAUGAAGCAGCAGUGAAAGAGUUAAGGUUAAUAACCAAAGAAUAUUGUCCACAGAAAAAGCUUGAAUGUAUUGUGCGAACUCUCCGUCUCAUCUGUGAAUGUGCUGAAUAUUACUGCAAUUCUAAGGAAGCUGGUACAAUCCAUGUUACUUCUGCAAUUGGUGCCGAUGAUCUGCUGCCCAUUUUGUCUUACGUGGUGCUGAAGAGCAACUUAAUGCAGCUCGUAUCAGAGUGUGCAGCAUUGGAAGAAUUUAUUCACGAAGGGUACACUAUCUCUGCAGCCAUUGCCUUUAUAAUCCUCGGGUGCAGGCCAUCAGGACCUGGUGAUUGCCUGCCUUUUAGUCCUAUAUUUAAUUGGUGAAGAAGGGUACUGCUUGACAUCCAUGCAGAGCGCUCUCUCAUAUGUGGAAUCUUUAUCCAAAACUUAAGUCCUGUCGUUUACGUCCAUAUAUUUGUUGAGCAUCUUCAAGAAUGGCUUCUUGUUACACUUAUUAAAAGACUAUUUUUAUUAUUAAAUUCACUGGUUGAAUGUAGUUUUCAAUUGUUGUCCAGAAUGUUUUCAUCAUAACAUUAACUAUUUAUAUAAGCAUUAUGUUAAAACAGUGUGACUGGUUGAAGGCAAUAAUAAGAGACUGCUCAGAGAUAAAGUAGAAGAUUUAAUAUUCCACACUAAUGUUAGAGAAGACCACUGCCCACAGGGUAUUAGAGCUGGACAAGUCCACACCCAAUCCUUCACCAGUACAGGUACUGUAUUUUCUGUGAAUUAUUUUGGAUGCUGGAGAUUUUCCUCAUAUCCUAAUAUCUGUAGAACAUUAUUCAUUUUGUAUUGAUUUAAAUUUUAAGUCAGUAGAUUUGCUUUAAUGUUUUUAUUUUAAAAUUGUUUUAGAAAUCUUUUGGUGAAAACAAAAAAAUUUACUAGGGUCACGAAUAUUUGAAAUUUUGUUCUCAUCAAUAAUGACUGUUCUAAGUUUAGAUAAGACUUCUUUAUUAGUCACAUGUACAUAGAAACACACAGUGAAAUGCAUCUUUACAUAACAUUCUGAGGGCAGCGUGCAAGUGUCGCCACGUUUCCAGCGCCAACAUAGCACGCCCACAUCUCCUAACCCGUACGUCUUUUCUGAUCACUUCUUAAAUAUUACUUUUUUUAUUGUACAUUUGUCUUAUGUGCAUUUGUACACAUGUGAAAAAUCCAAGGCAAAGUGAAGAUUGUUGCCAAUGUUAAAAUAAUUUAUUGCAAUUGUGCUAAAAAAAAAAUGGGCAUGUUGGGGGGGUGGGGUGGGAAGGAAGAGAAGUAAUUGCCAAAUAUCAUUGGACUGUGUUUGUGCAUUAUUAUGCCAAAAAUUCAAAAAUUAGACAGGUUUCUGGAAAAGUAGGCAGAAGUUAGAGUACUGCUUAAGUGAAAGAGUCACACUGGGACUUCACUGGCAUGAUAUGCUGCAUGAAGUAACUACUUGACUGCUGACCACUUUUCCAUUCAGAUUUUAUGAAGUGCUAGAUAUCAAAGUGAAAUACACAGUAGGUAUGUUGGCAUAAAAAAAAUUAAAGACUAAUGUUGGGUGCAAUAGUUCUUUAUCAGAUCUGUAAAAGAAACAUAGCAGGUUCAUUUCAUUAAACCAAACAUUAAGGAUGUUGAAGGAAUUGAGGGAAAUGAGAAUAGUGUUGGGAAAUGACACCGAGGAACAAGAUCAGCCAUGACCCUGAUCCCUAAUGAAUGGUGGAGUAGGCUGUUAAGGGCUGCAUGACCUGCCUGUUUUUGGUUUUUUUGGUCAAACAUUACAGGACAUAUUAGAGAAACUGCUAGUGUUCCCUUUGUACUCCUUUGUCCUUCACUGACUACAACCCCUGUAUUCAGAUUCAACAAUGCCAGAUUUACCCUUUUAACCAGUCCUAUUGAUUUGUGAGAGUGUGUGUGAUUAGUUGUAAAGACCAGAGGAAAAUACUGAUUGCUGAAUGAAGGGAGGUUAUUUAGAAAUCUAUAAGUGAGCUUCUACAUGAGAUUGAAGUAAUAUAUUUUCCAAAGGACUUCCUGGAAAAGAGAAAUGCAGAUUAGAGAGUUCCAGUGUUGAGUUACUAGACUUGCAGUCAGGAAGUGGAGAGAUUGUAUAGAUAGUACAGUCUGGAUACAAGCCAUUCAGUCCAACUAGUUUGUGCUGAAUCUCCUCCCAAUCCAUCUCCGUCAUCUCAGGCUUUAUCUUUAUCUUUCAAAAUCCUUGCCUCCACUGUACUGAGAUUCUCUGUGGAAACAUCCAAGUUUCAACCACUUUCUCUAUUGUCAAGUUCUACUCUCCAAGUAAAGAAUUAUUUUGAGAUUUCUACAAUGGGUUUUGUUCACAGCUAUCUUCUUAUCAACCCACCAGUUCAGUGUUCUUCCAUGUUUUCUGUUUACUAAAGGAUACUAACCUCAAUUUUUUGCAGUAGGAAAUUUUUCAUGUCUGGUUCCAUCCUUGUAAAUCUAUUUUGUUUUUUCCUUUCAUGAUUGUGUUCUUUGUUGUACAAAUAUGAGACAGUCCACACUGUGGACUGUAAAUUGAUUGAUAAAUAUAGUAUGCAUGACUUAGAUAUUAUAAAUAUACUUUAGUGAUUCUUUGAUUUGUUUCUUUGCACUUUCAAUUGUAAUAAAAAAUCCUAGAUAUUAUAAAUGCUUUAAGGAAUUUUUUUUCUAUCAAUAAUUUGGCAACAUAUGACUACAGCCCUGCUUUAUCCUCCCACAAACAUUGAAAGGAAUUGAAAUCUUUAAAUGACAACCAAAUAUUGAUAGCCUUUAAAUGAUUGAUUCAAAGGUCUAGAGUGCAAGUGUUUCUGAGUGUUUUCUCAAGUCCAAAAGUUUUAAUUUUAGCUGUGAAUAUUUACAGUGAGAUUAUUUAUGUAUCAAUGAUCCUAAAUAAAUGUUGUAAGUAAGACUUUUGAGAUAAGGAAGCACUACUGCGAUGGCUUCCCAUUAUUUCUCUAACCUCCACCACCUCCCCCCCCACCCCCGACCAAUAAGUAUUUUUGAACUAUCUUCCAAGUGGGCUGCAUCCAAAGUCAAAGAGACCUUCCUACUCUUUGCACUGUGGACUCGGCACGCCAAGCCAGUGAUGCACUAUUUGAUGACUGAGGUUGGCUGGUGUUGAGCCUAACCCCAGUCCCUCAGACUAUGAUGAAAAUAUUACUGCUGUUAAAAUACUACAACUGAGCAGGACAUGUGUACCUGUAUUCAGCACUAGCUCACAGAGACUAUCUGGAAUAAGCCAAGAAUCCUUCAUCUUUCUACUUAGAGACAAGAUCUCUGACACAGCAUUUCUUCCUGUACUGAAAUAAUUAAUGUUCAUCUUACCCUUUUGCAACAUGAAUUAGUGAUGCCAGGAAAAUCUGAUUUAACAGAACUGCAUGCAAUUCCAGUUAAAACAUUCUUUGGAUGCCCCUCAGCUGAGCAGGUACCGUGCUUCCACUGGCAAUUUUGUACUGCUUUUGUAUCCUGAAGAGCAUACAAAAUUGACUGUAUUCUUUGAGUUACCUCACACUUGACAAAGCAAAUACUUAAUUUCUAAUUGAGGUAGAUAUCCUUUCUAAAUGCAAGAUAAAAGUGAAUGGAUACUAUGAAAUGGAUGUUUUUGAAUGUUUGAAACAUUUGAUUAUAUAAAAUAAAUUCUAAGUAAUAAUAAAACUGAUCAGUUGUGUUGUUAAAAGGGACAGAAGAUGAAAAAAAAGACAUCCAGUUCUUGUGGAGGUCUAAAAUAAAAUUAGACUACAUGCCAUGGCAUUGAUAUUAGGUGUUUAGACUUGAGGUUGCUGUGCAUUUGUAAUUUUGGAAAGUAGUUGUUUAACUAGUUAAAUUUUAGGUCAACUUUGUAAUUAAAAGUUCACAAGAAUAAACAUAUCAUGAAAUUACUGCAGCUUUUGAGGCAUAAACCUAAACUUUUAGUUUUAAAUAUGAUCUGACCACUACACAAAUAAAUCCAGCAGAGAUUCUAUUUACUUUUUUAAAAAAAUAUAUAGUUUAUUAAUCGAGGUUGAAUUUUAACCGUGGUUUAUGAAUAAAAUGGAAUAUGCUUGCAGAUCCCUUUUAAAGAUUCCACUAUAAAAGGUCUUUAUCUUUUACUGGUUACAUGCAAAAAAUUCUGUUUAGAUAAUUUAUAACAAAAUGGAGAGGUCAAUGGCACUGCUUACAUAUGUCUCAUUUUUGCUUUGUCUGUGGUCACUAAAAAUUAAUUUUCCUUUUCAGUUAUCCAUGCAACUUCCAGUGAUAAGAAAAAACUUGCUUCUGCUCACUGGGGAAUUGUGCUGUUCAGAUCAAUUUACUUUAUAUAGUGAUGGAAUUCUAUGAUAAUGCUUCCAGAACUUUCAUACUUUGGGAAUAUAACUUAAGUGAUUCUCUUUGAGUCUAUUUAAAUUAUGCUCACAUUUGAACUAAGUUGCUAAUUCUUCUGUACAAAUGAUGUUUAAAUUAUAAUUGCUUAUUUAAGAGAAAUCAUGUGAAUGUAUCAACAUAAAUAGGUGCAUUACUGUGAACUAUAAGU